AUGGCUUCAGGAUAUUCCUCCAGACCAGGUCAAACCCUGUUUAAGUUAGGGGAGUACAUCGUCUUGGACGUACUUGGGGAAGGGGCUUUUGGUACAGUCACUAGAUGCUUUCACCCUCAGACUUUAGAGGUCGUGGCAGUUAAAACCCUGAAGAACGCCAGUAGCGUUCUCGAAGAAGAAGUUGAGAUCUUGGAGGAGUUGCGCCUCUUACAACCAGACAAGUACAAUAUUGUCAGGUUCAUUGAAUACUUUGCAGAACAGGACUCCGAAUGCAUGGUAUUUGAAACAUUAGACAGGAGCCUGUUCGACUUUAUGGACAUGAGAGAAGAGGCAUUGUCUUUGUGUGAGCUCCGUCCAGUGGCACAGCAGCUCCUGGUGGCCUUUGACGGUCUCAAGACGGCUGGGAUCAUUCAUGCAGACCUAAAGCCAGACAACAUCAUGCUGGUGAACCACAGUAAGCAGCCUUUUAAAGUCAAACUCAUUGACUUUGGCCUUGCUGGUUAUGCAGACAUGAUGGACUUCAUGGACAUAGGGCAGCCUUUUCCAUACCAAUCUCCAGAGAUCACUCUAGGCUGCAAAGUCACUGAGGCUGUGGACAUGUGGUCUCUAGGCUGCACUCUGGCAGAGUGUUUCACAGGAUACUUUCUUUUCAGUGAACACUCAGAAUACGACAAUCUCAGGACCAUCGUCAAACUGGUAGGACUUCCAAGCGAAAAAGUGCUCCAAAAAGCACAUCUGUGUUUAGAUUACUUUGUAAGCCCUUCUGGUGACUUCACACAGUGGAGACUUAAAACCUUAGAUGAGUACUAUGGCAGUGAGAAAGAAGACAUGCCCAAUGUCUCAGAGUGUCUAGCUGGAAAAUUCAGCUCUUUAGACAGUGUUUUUCAGGGGUCUCAUACAAGAACGGGAGACCCAGAGCACAGAGACAGAUUGGCCUUUGCUGAUUUCAUAAAGAGACUUCUGGACCUGGACCAUGAGAUGAGAAUCACUCCCAAGGAGGCACUCCAUCACCCCUUUGUGACGAUGGAACAUCUGAUCGGUGAUGACAGUGAAUACAGUGAGAACGCUCGUGGCCUCAUGGCCUUAGCUCUUAAAGGGUCCACCACUGUGUCUGAUCUGAGCCCUCCUGAACAGCCCAGUCCACACGUCCCACAACAUGUACCAGAGCCGCUCCGAGAUGAGGAGGAAGCAAUAAGACCCACCCAAACACUGGAGCACAUAGACAACACAAAGUGUUUCAACGAGGGUAUUCUAGAGACUCCAAUGGACAACGAGGAAAACAUGCAACCUGUCAAGUACGUCGAUGGGUUUUUCUAUUUUGGCCGUGAAGAUCCAGUUUGGAAUGAACCACUUAAUGUAGGAGAAACAAGUGUCCCCCAAAUACCUCAGUGUUUGAACCCAGCUAUUCUAGAGACUCAGAUGAACAACAAGGAGAACAUCCAGUCAGAGAAGUCUGAACACCGCAUCGACGUCACAGGCUUUGAAGAUCCUGAUCCGAUUAGGGAAGCGUCAAAUGCCAAAGAAGACAGGCCAGAUUACAUUGUCAUUGACAUUCCAGACGACAUUGUACCCCAGGACUCAGAUUUUGCCAGUUCUAGCCUGAGCAGCAUUGUCAUCGACAUUCCAGAAGACAUUGUACCCCAGGACUCAUAUUUUGCCUGUUCUAGCCUGAGCAGCUCCUGCUCCAUUUUGGGAUGUUUCAAGACAGUGGCAUUUGGUGGUUUUCUAGCAGGACAGACUGCUCUCAGUUAUGUGUCAUCAUUGCUGGAGCCGUUGUACUCCCCAUAA